CAUAUAAAAUGCUAAGCUUGGUUUUGUCCGGAGAGAAAACAUAGCAAUCUCAAUCUCUCUCUUAGUGUAAACUUCUUUUCCUUUUUGAAAUUCAAAAUCAUCCAUUUCUGAGCUAAUGGCGGAUCAACUCACCGAUGACCAGAUCUCCGAGUUCAAAGAAGCCUUCAGCUUGUUCGACAAGGAUGGCGACGGUUGCAUCACCACCAAGGAACUUGGGACUGUGAUGAGGUCAUUGGGGCAGAACCCCACUGAGGCAGAGCUUCAGGACAUGAUUAAUGAAGUGGACGCUGAUGGUAACGGGACAAUUGAUUUCCCCGAGUUCCUUAACCUGAUGGCCAGGAAGAUGAAGGAUACCGACUCUGAGGAGGAGCUUAAAGAAGCCUUCCGGGUAUUCGAUAAGGAUCAGAAUGGUUUCAUCUCAGCUGCUGAGCUGCGCCAUGUGAUGACAAACUUAGGGGAGAAGCUUACUGAUGAAGAAGUGGAUGAGAUGAUAAGGGAAGCUGAUGUGGAUGGCGAUGGCCAGAUAAAUUACGAGGAAUUUGUCAAGGUUAUGAUGGCUAAGUAAUGACCCCACCCUCACCAAAACUUCUUGAAGAAAAUCAUUUGAAAAAAAGAUCUGGAGAAAAACAGGGUCGACUAAUAUGAUGGGAUCCCUAGUUUGGUCUUUACCAAUUUUAAUUUGAUAGUUUCUGAAGUGAGCAGCGGUCUGUAAUGGUGGUGGUGGAGUUGUUGUCUCCCCCUUCGAUUUGUCUUGUGACUUUUUUAAGUAUCUUUUUUCGGUUUUUAUAUAUUAAACUUCUUCUGUGAACCUAAACUAGCUUGCAGAACAUUGUUUUCUGUUGCAUGAAUGACACUGUUAAUUACUCAGCUAUUAUUUCUUACUUU